UCUCCUCCCAACCAAACAAGGCGAAGGAAUCCUUCCCUUCCCGCAUCCAUUCCUUCCCCUCCCCUCCCCUCCAACCAAACAUACCCUAAAGGUAGUCACAUUACUGCUUGAUUCUGCAUUCAUUCGGUUCGCGAUUGCCUCUUUAAACUCGGAGUUACUGAAUUAGGGUUAGGGUUUCGGUCAUUUGAAUUCGCUGUGUUGACUAUUCGCAUCCCGCCAAAACCAAUUCAUGCGAUGUACGCUGAUCGAUUGGAGGCUGGAACGAGGCUGCCAAUUAAGGACCGGCUCAACGGCAGCGCUCUUGACGGUUCUGGUCGCCCGCGACAACUUUCCGGCAAGAGGCAGAGAGAAGAUGACAAAUGGGGGCAUGAGUUGUAUGAUCUCAAUAGACCUCACAUGUUAAGAAGCGGAAUAGGUUCUAAAGACCUGCGUUUGAAGCUGCAAAGGAAAAGUAGCCAACAGACUCUUCAAAGCGGGAAAGCGUCUGUCUCUGGAGGUGUGAGGGAUCUACGUGAAAAGCUUUCUGGUAUAUCGUAUUCCCAAAUGGAUAUUGAUCUUCCAAAGCCUACCGUGAAGCGGAAGAAAGCCCCUGUUAUAAGCUCUUCUGUCAAGGAAAAAGUUGUAGCUGAAUCUCCUGUAGCCGAAACCAAGAAAGUUGCCAACAUGGUUGUUAAGAAGAACCAGAAGAAGGUUGGAUCAGUGGAUAAUUUUCUCCAGCCUUUAGGUCUUGAAAAAUAUUCCAUCACAUUCCAAGCUGAAGAAGUUGAUAUGGAUGCCCUUGUACACAUGACAGAUGGAGAUCUCAAGGCCAUAGGAAUACCAAUGGGUCCAAGAAAGAAGAUACUUCUAGCACUGGAGUCCAAACGCUGAGAAGUUCAAAUAGGUUCGUAUUGAUUGAUUAAUUGUGAUGGCUCUUUCCCUUCUUAACUGUAAAAGUAGAUGUAAUACAAUAGCAGUGAUUCUGGGAUCCUCAUGCACGUGAUCGUUGACGAUCAAUUCCUAAGGGCCUGUUUGUUUGGUUAACUUCAUGAUGUUUGUUUGUUUGGGGUACUGACAUUGCGCCAUUCGACCACGAAAUGCUUCUUAUGUA